UGUGCUGUUGACGCCCCUGGAGCCACACACCAACCCUCGGCCGGUCGCUGUCCCUUGCACCUGCCCACGCACGCGACUAUCUGGCCUGGUCUAUGUCGGCUUUCCUUUUUGCCUUAGCGCGCAAAUUUUCACGUCGGUGGUGCAUAUAUGUUUUGCCUUACGAUACCCAUCAGCGUAGCUUGUCUGCAUACCUUUGGAGUUGCGAUACCCUUUUGUUUCGUGUCGUCUCACAAGUCGGUUGGGAGGAGCAAGACGUGAAUGAUGAGAGAGGAGAGAGAAGAAAGAAAGAAAGAAAGAAAGAAAGAAAGAAAGAAAGAAAGGGAAUUAUAAGGAAGAGGAAGUCGGACAACAUCGACCGAGGAUAACACCUCCUUCGACCUCUCAUUGUGGAUGAAACCCUCGAGACCGACCGCAUCUGAACAUGUGUUAUACUUCAUUAAGUGUAUGAA